AUGGAGAUAGCGGUUGGAUCCAUUAUAAAUCACCCAAUGGCAUCUCGCCAUUUCCGAGCGGUCUUCAUCAACCUGCAGCAUUCGAGCAAGGAAGCGAUGCUGGACCACGACCAUCUCCACUUCAUUGCGACCAAGAUCCAAGAGGACCCCAAGUUCUGGGCCGCUGUCCUCGCCGCCAUCGUCGUCCCUCUCUUCAUCGUCGCGCUCCUCGCGGCCAAGACACUCAUCGACAGCAUCGACGCCGACGAGCGCAAGGCCAAGGAGGCGGCGACCAAGAAGACGCAGUAAGUCGCAUCAUCGCACGCUGUCUGUACUCGUAUUGCAACAACACAUGUCUUCGAACGCUUG